AUGGGUUAUGAGCUAUCUGUCACGGUCAAUCUCCGCACCCAAAAGCGCCUCGCGGCCUCCGUCGUUGGCUGCGGCAAGCGCAAGAUCUGGCUCGAUCCCAAUGAAAUGAACGAAAUCUCCAAUGCCAACUCCCGCCAGACGAUUCGCAAGCUCGUGUCCGAUGGUCUCAUCAUCCGCAAGCAGGUCACUAUGCAUUCGCGUGCGCGUGCGAGGGAGUUGACCGCCGCUCGACGGAUUGGGAGACAUAGAGGGUUUGGAAAGAGGAAGGGUACGAGUGAUGCUAGGAUGCCUAGUCAAGUGCUCUGGAUGCGCCGUCUCCGAGUCCUCCGUCGCCUCUUGGUCAAAUACCGCGCCUCAGGCAAGAUCGACAAGCACUUGUACCACGAGCUCUACCAUCUGAGCAAGGGUAACACCUUCAAGCACAAGCGAGCAUUGGUUGAGCAUAUCCACAAGGCUAAGGCCGAGAAGCAACGUGAGCGUAUCCUGAAGGAGGAAAUGCAAGCCAAGCGCGACAAGACCAAGGCAGCACGCGAGAGGAGACAAGAACGUAUCCAGACAAAGAGGAACGCGUUGACUGGCGAGGCGGAGGAGGAGGCGAAGAAGGAGUAG